AUGGCGGCAAAACGUCCCGCAUACGACGAGGUCGCCGCGACAGCGCUCCCCUUCCUCCUCCUCAUGAUCCUUUCAGCAUCGACGGACGCCGCAGCUCGACCCACCAUCAGCGCUCUCCUCGCCGCCACUGGACCAGCGGCGCACCGCGUUGGCGGCGCCGGCCGCGCCGAGCAUCUCGCGCGGCGGGCCCUUCAAGACGUCCCCGAGAACGAGCCGGGGGUGGAAUCACCUGAGGAAUGCCAGCAAGGGGAGCUCAAAUGCCCCAGUGGCGGCGGGUGCAUGCUCGAAUCGCAGGUGUGCGACGGCAAGCCGCAUUGCUCCGACGGCAGCGACGAGUCGCCCGACUUCUGCCGCUCUUUCGACUGCGGACUCGUUAACAAGGAUUCCUGCCCCUCGGGCACCGGCUGCAUGCCCCCGGGCACCCAGUGCAAUGGCGAGGCGGAGUGCGCGGACGGCAGCGACGAGGGGGUGGAGUGCCUGGGGUUCUACCCGGGCGGCCCCCCGGACAGUUACCAGGUCGGCCCGGACUACAGCAACUACUGCAGCGACCAGGGCAUGGAGCAGUGCCCCUCCGAAUGGUUCGUGUGCCUGCAGCAGCAGGAAUUCUGCGACGGCUACCAGACGUGCUCCGACGGGUACGACGAGAGGAAUUGCGCGAACCACGUGUGCUCGGCCGGGAUGAUUCAGUGCCCCAAGACGUUCUACUGCGCGCGGGGCACGAUGUGUGACGGCGUGCAGGACUGUGUUGCGACUGCUGAGGCGGAGGACGAGGAUAAGGCGUUUUGUAGCGGGUAUAGCUGCCCGGAUGGGUUUAAGAAGUGUGCGGAUGGGUUGCAGUGCGUGGCGGAGGGGUUGUUUUGCGACGGGACGGUGAAUUGCAAUGAUGGGAGUGACGAAGGGGCGGCGGUGUGUGCGGUGAACCCCCCUGCUGGUGGAGCUGGUGGCGUUACGACUACCCCUCCUUCUCCUCCUGCACCUGCUGGCGGCAGUGACAGCGGCAGUAGCAGCAGUGGGGGUUCAACUGGGCCGUCUGGAGGGACUGUGGUGCUGAGUGCUGAAGAGGUGGCGAGGCAGAGGAAGGAGGCAGCGGCACGGAGGGCGGCUGCUGUUGCUGCCAAGAAGCAGGCUGCUGCUGCUAAGCAUGCUGCUGUGGAGGCACGGCGGGCGAAGCAGGAGGCGAAAGCAGCUGCGAUUGCUGAGAAGAAGAAGAAGCAGGAGGAGAAGGCUGCUGCUGUUGCGGAGAAGAAGAGGCUUCAGGAAGCUAAGGCGGCUGCUAUAGCUGAGAAGAAGAAGAAACAGGAGGAGAAAGCUGCUGCUGUUGCUGAGAAGAAGAGGAAGCAAGCCGAGAAGGCGGCUGCAAUUGAGGCUAAGAAGAAGUAG